AUGAGAAAACAUCUAAAGUUUUCGUUAAUAGUUUUACUUUUAAGUUUAAGUUUUUUGUGUUUAAUUUAUACGAAAAAAUUCCAAAUUAAUAGUUCAGCUACAUUCAACAACGAAAGUUUUGAGAGCAUUAUAAGCAUCAGCACCAGUCCUUUAACUUUUGACAGCAUUGAAACUGCUUACGUUCAACCAGAAAAUGGAAGAAAUGUGUUUUUCAUUGACUCAUUAAAUUUAACUACAAACGUCGUUAUAAAGGCACGAACAGCUUGUGCUGUUGAGUCCGCUGCUUUAAUUAAUCCAAGUUUUGAAGUAUUUCUUAUUUAUUCUUCUAAAGAACGACUCCAGAAUAUAGAAAACACUCCAGAACUUCAGGCAAUAUUAACAUAUCCGAAUGUUCACAUUUAUUUCAUCAAUGAUAUUACUAAAUUUACAAUUGGGACUCCUUUCGAAGAUUUCGUCAAAUCAGGAAAACUUUUAAAUUCAAAACACCCUACUGAACAUACUUCUGACGUUUUGAGAUUUGUAUUGCUGUGGAAGUUUGGUGGAACUUACCUAGAUACAGACACCAUCACAAGGUUGCCCUUUGAUAAUUUAGAACCUAAUUUUGCAUGUCGACACGAUGGUGAUAACUUAUUGUGUAAUGGAGUUAUGAACAUGGAAAGUGCCGACAAAAGUCAUCUUGUUACACUUUUUUCAGAACAAUUAGUUAACGAUUUCAAUGGAAAUAUUUAUACUAGAAACGGUCCACAACUUGUAACGUCGGUUGUUCAAAAACUUUGUGGUACUAAAAAUGCCACAGAAAUAAUCAACAAGAAAGAAUGUGGCGGGUUUCAUGUGUUACCUCCAGAAAUGUGUUAUCCAAUUCCGUAUAGAGAUCACCGUCAACUAUUCAAUAGUUCUUUUUCCGAUGAAGUGAUGAAGAAAGUUGAUAGUUCUGUCACGGUUCAUUUUUGGAAUAAAGGAACCAAGGGCAUCAAACUUGAACGAGCUGAUAAAUCUGCUUAUAUUAAACUUGCAGAACAGUAUUGUCCAAGAAUAAUGUCAGUAGAUAGAAGAUUCUUUUGA